AUGGGUGGCUUCUACAUGGCAUAUCUGGAGAGUCUGUGUCGACGUCGAGGUUGGCGUGAUCCCCUAUACGAGACGUACAGGAGCUCGUCGGGCUACACCUGUUUAGUGCUUGUCAAUGGGCGAGAGUACCAAACUGAUCUCGCGUACGAAUCCGAUGGACUGGCUCAGGAGAACGCAGCCAUGCGGGCAUUCAUGGUUUGUAGGAACUUUUCCGUGAAUGGAGGUAUGCUGGCACGCAAUGGCGUUGUUCAGGGACUGCCUGCGAAUGAGCACAGUGGCCGACACAGGAGACACCACCGACAUGGUGGUCGCAGCCAUUCUGUCAAUCUCAGCAGUUCCAGUUCCACAACGUCCUCGGAAUAG